GGAUCUGUCGAAAGCUGCGAAACGAAAUUCACGCGAGACUUGGUGACAUCGUUCAGCGACACGUCAACCACACGGAAGAAGGUAUCCGUCCUGCCACCGUGUUGCUACAAGGACCGUAGUCUCGUCAAAAUGGGUAAUUUCUUCUCUAAUCUCUUCAUGGGCCUGUUUGGCACCAGGGAGAUGAGGAUUUUGAUCCUGGGUCUGGACGGCGCUGGAAAAACCACCAUCCUGUACCGGCUACAGGUCGGAGAGGUGGUCACCACAAUCCCCACAAUCGGUUUCAACGUCGAGACAGUCACAUAUAAGAACCUGAAGUUCCAGGUGUGGGAUCUAGGAGGACAGACGAGCAUUAGACCCUACUGGCGGUGUUAUUACUCAAACACAGACGCAGUCAUCUAUGUCGUUGACAGCAGUGACCGCGACAGGAUGGGCAUCUCAAAGUCUGAGCUGGUGGCCAUGUUGGAAGAAGAAGAGCUGAAGAAAGCUAUCCUGGUGGUGUUUGCCAACAAGCAGGACAUGGACCAGGCAAUGACGCCUACAGAGGUGGCCAACGCUCUGGGCCUUCCCGCCCUCAAAGACAGAAAAUGGCAGAUCUUCAGGACCUCGGCUACAAAGGGCACAGGCCUGGAUGAGGGAAUGGAAUGGCUGGUGGAUUCCCUGAAGAGUCGACAGUAAAAUGUCCCACCCCUUCUGUACAUACACCUGACCUUUGACCCUUCUGUAUGAAGCCUUGUGACUGACCCCUACUGGACCAGUUGAUUGCACUCCUCCCCAUCCCCACCUGAAGCCUUGGCCAAGCCCUCCCAAUGCCUAACGCCUUUCAAGCCUGGGACUCAGAUGCGAAGGCUGCAGUAAUGUCUGGAUUGGGCAAAACACAGUAAACCCCCAUCCCUCCUGGUGCUGUGGCACCAGUUUUAGAGAGUUGUACGACUUCAGUGAUGGACGGGCGACAAGUUGGUGUCUACAGUUUUUGUUGUUUUGGAAAUGCGAAGAACAUCUGAACAGACGUGUUAAAUGAUAAUUUUACGAACCCAUUUGUAACAAGUUAGCAUGGAUAUAAAUAAAUAAGACUCUGUGACCAACCCGUCCACUCCGAUCGUCUGUAGCAUUCUGAAAUCCGGUGUCUUCACUGGACAAUGUUAGCGCCAUCUUCUCCCAGAGGGGUUCAGUCAUUCUCAUGUAGAUGGACAGCAGGUGACGGUCACUUAUGUCUACAGAAAGAUCCACCGGGUGGCAGCGUUGUCCCAUCACGACACAACCUUCACUCCCGCUCCAGACCAGAGCAUCCACAGAUCAGGACACAUCCUUACAGAGAACCAGCUGCUUGGUUGCCAACUCGUUAGACAAUUUUUAAAUAGUAUGCUGGACUAGUCAUACAGUAUUUAAUUGCUGGGCUUUGAGUAAGUUACCUCUCUGUAAACAAUCUGCUGGCUUGUGUGAAAUGUUAUUUACUUUGGGAAAUCAUAAAUUUGGCCUCAAACAGUAAAAAAAAAAAA